AAUUACUGUCAAUGUACGAUAACCACAAAGAGAUGCGUUUAUACAUAGAACGACGCCGGAAAUUUUCAAUUCUUAGAAGGUUUUUCAAGUAAACUUAAGUAACAGCACAGAAUUUUGGAGUGAGCAAGAUUAAACGAGUUUGGGAAAUAUGUCGACGACAUCCAAACUGACCUUUGCAGCCUCGGUUGCCACAUCAAUCGGUAUCAUCAGUUAUAUUUACUUCAAACAACAUGACGAUAGAUACAAACUACAUGCUGGAAUCAUACGAGAUGUUCAACAACAAGAGCAAAGAAAAUUUGAGAACAUGUACAUACUGGAGCAACAACAAGAAUUAACCAAAAAGCUUAGAGAACGCGAAGAAAAAGAAUGGAAUUCACAAAACUUGCAAACGAAUUAGGCUUUGUGUCUUUAGGACAUUGAAAUUUAUAGAAAACGAGAGUCAUUUAGGUAUCUUACUCGACCAAAGUCCAAAAUGAAAAACUCUUUGGAAAGUUCAUGAAAAAAUGAUUCUAAUUUAGUUUUAUAACGAAACGGUCAUCGGUGAUGGCUCAUGAAAUACACGAAAAUACCAAUAUUUAAAAUUGCA